CCGAACCGCCGAGUCGUUGAACCCCCGUGGGGAGAAGAACCCAGGAAGACUACGUCUGUGGCCGGCCGGUUGUCUUAUCGGUGCGAACUGACCGCAAGGGGGACUUCCAUACCCUUCCCGGAUGGUAAACACGCCACCGGAACCCGAAAUCAAAAACCUUUCGGGGUAGACAAGCGCGUGCCGCUCCGCCACGAUGAUGAAGAUGCUCUCGUUCGCACACCCUGACAAGUGUUUACUUGAGCUCUGCGAAUCCGGGAUCGCAAUCCAUUCCGCUUAAUUGAUUCAAUCAAGCCCAGCCCAGGCCGGCGGGAGCCAUGUUCGUUGAACUUAUCAGGCUGACGGUGACGGGUGUGAUUUGGCGAAGCGAUUGGGCCACAGGCCUUGACAUACACUUCACGUUGUCGGAGAGUGAUGUUUUGGUUGCCCGACCUGGCAACAGAUUUUCGCUCAGCUCUGAUCUGCGUCAGCAAACAUUAGGACAAGAACCGACUGCCAUUGAACUUGUGGACUACGAAUAUGUCAAGAAGUUGCCGUGUGAACCACAGAAGCUACUUGUCGAUGUCCGGGAGCCGAACGAGCUGGAGGAAAGUGGCCAAAUUCCCACUAGCAUCAACAUUCCGCUGGCUCAGGUAUGCCAGGAGCUGGUAGCCAGUAAGCAGAUCUUCGAGUGCAACUACGGCCGAAAGAGGCCUGAGCUGGACACCGAGAUCAUUUUCCACUGCAGGAGUGGUAAACGGAGCUUACAAGCGGCGGAAGUCGCCGUCGCCUUGGGCUUUCGGAAUGUCAAGAACUACGAGGGAUCCUGGCUGGACUGGGCCAAGAAUGAGGGUCUAAGCAGUUGAAAAACAAAUUCAUUCAAAACAAAAACUUACCACAUUUAAUAUUACUUUAUUUCACCACAUAAAUUUCCCUAAAAACUA